CUUACCCGGAAGUAGUAGGGCCGACCCAGAUGUCUUCCUGAAUAUUUGACAACAGCGACAUCUCUUAUCGGAACGAAACAUGUAAUUUGACGGUAUUCACGUUGCGAGCGUGACCGGGCAGAUAAUUUGAGUAUAUUUACGUGAGUACAACAAAGGGAAAAGAAAAGUACGUCUUUUUUCCUUUUUAAAUUGAUGGACAUUUUGUUUUCUGUUGAGCCGCACGUAGCGUUGCCGUUUUCCGCUCCAUCGCUGCCGCAACUGGGGAUGGACAGUUAACGUGUUUGCAUUACAAACUGUAGACGCUUGAAAAAAAGUGACAACAAUGAGCUUCUUCAGUUUUGGACAAAGUGCGGACAUCGACGUGGUGCUUAACGACGCCGAGACGAGGAAGAAGGCAGAGCACAAGACUGAGGAUGGCAAGAAGGACAAGUAUUUCCUCUUCUACGACGGAGAGACCGUCAGCGGCAGGGUCAACGUCACGCUCAAGAGUCCCGGAAAGAGGCUGGAGCACCAGGGCAUCAAGAUUGAAUUUGUCGGACAGAUUGAACUGUAUUACGACCGUGGGAACCACCACGAGUUUGUGUCCCUGGUGAAAGACCUGGCAAGGCCCGGUGAGAUGACCCAGUCGCAGACGUUCGACUUUGAGUUCACUCACGUGGAGAAGCCCUACGAGUCCUACACGGGCCAGAAUGUCAAACUCAGAUACUUCCUGCGUGCGACCGUGAUAAGAAGACUUAACGAUAUCAGUAAAGAGUUGGACAUUGUAGUGCACACGCUGAGCACGUAUCCCGAACUGAACUCCUCCAUUAAAAUGGAAGUCGGCAUCGAGGACUGUCUCCACAUUGAGUUUGAAUACAACAAAUCCAAAUACCACCUGAAAGAUGUCAUUGUGGGGAAAAUCUACUUCCUGCUGGUGAGGAUUAAGAUAAGGCACAUGGAGAUCGACAUUAUUAAGCGGGAGACAACCGGAACGGGCCCGAGUGUCUACCACGAAAACGACACCAUUGCCAAAUAUGAGAUUAUGGAUGGAGCACCAGUCAGGGGUGAAUCUAUCCCUAUUCGGUUGUUUCUGGCUGGCUACGACCUAACUCCCACCAUGCGCGACAUCAACAAGAAGUUCUCGGUGCGCUACUACUUGAACCUGGUGCUAAUCGACGAGGAGGAGAGACGCUACUUCAAACAGCAGGAGAUCACGCUGUGGCGAAAAGGUGAUGUGGUGAGGAAGAGCAUGUCCCACCAGGCCGCCAUCGCCUCCCAGCGCUACGAGGGCUCAGCCGCCUCGGAGAGCGCGUUGGAGCAGUGCGCAAAGGAGGAGAGCGGGUAUGAGCCCCGCCUUAGACUGGACCGGGGGUCUCCGUGAGACAUCCGUCCAAGGGAGGAGGAUUAAGGGAGACUGGAUUGGAUUUAUCCUUCCUUGCUUUUUUUUUUUUGGUUCCUCAACAGGAAUCCAACUAAAUCACCUCACGCAUUAUGAUUUCCAUGCUAACGCCAUUCUGUGUGUACUCUUAAUGCUUUUACAGCUAUAUGAUUUAGAACUUUGAAUAAGUAACAUUCCAGUUAUAAAGAACUCAAAUGUGAAAUGCACUUGUGUUGUCCAACGUGUGGAUGUGUAAAUAGGAGCGAUGCAAGUCAGCAUUCUGGGGGGAUUAUUCAGCUGCCACAUCCAAGUGUUUAGUUUGAUUAGACACGUGUGUCCUCCCGCCUCCAAACCUGAUUUUAGUCUUUUAAAGCAGAGUUACAGUAGAACUAUUUAGAUCUUUUUGCAAAGCGCUUAUGACUGAUUGUCCACCACUUGUCAAAUAAAAUGAUGCCAAAUAAAACAAUUUUAAAAACGUCAA